AUGCUUUUAACUGUAUUAAUUACUUUGGUACUUGGUACUGCAACUGCUAUUCCGGUACCCGAUGUAGUUUUCACUGGUCAACUCCAAUUAGGACCUCAGCAGGCUCAACAUCCUGCACAGUAUCAACAACGGCAACAAUUCCUGCAGCAUCCACAGCAGCAGCAACAGCAGUUCCAGCAGUACCCACAACAGCAACAACAGCACCCACAACAACAGUAUCCACAACAGCAGCAGUAUCCACAACAGCAGCAGUAUCCACAACAGCAGCAGUAUCCACAACAGUACCCACAACAGCAGCAGUAUCCACAACAGCAGAGGCACCGUUUAUUUUUUCAGGAAAUUCGUCCUGGUGAAAUUAUCAAUGCUCCAGAUGUUUCUAUGUGGGGCGGCAUUGCUGCCAAUCUCUUCGCUCUUCCGUACGCACCCAAGGCUGAGAGUUCAGGAGCCACCAUGAGCGAUUGUAAGGCGACAGAAGCUGCCGUUGUCUGUUCGCUGCUCUGGAACGGGCUUGAAAAAGAACGACGAAAACUCAUGGAGUCUUCAAAUCUCCGAGAAGAUUCCGGCGAUUGGAGACGAUCGAGAGAUUCUAGAAAUUCUAGAAAUUCGAGAGGUUCGAGAGAUUCACGGGAUUUUCGAGGGUCUAGAGAUUCACGGGGAUCUCGGCGUUCGAGUCAUAUGAUGAUGUUCGGAUGA